AAUCUUACAUGGCUCACUACUUUAUAUGCACUGCAUAGGCCAUGAAAUAAUCACUAGUGCACAUGUCCAGUAGUGAAGCAUUUGGGGUUCAGCCAUAAUAUAGACUUGUGAAUUAGUGUGAAUUACAGCAACAAGUUUCACAGUAAGCAGCUUUGUGUGUAUCCUAUGACUAUUUUUAUGGAAGUUGACCAUUAACAGAAGUAGUUCUUGAUAUGUUUCUCAUUAUUUCUACCAUGGAAAGCUGAUCUUUGUGACUGUUGGGCUUGGAGUGACUAUAUGAGAUGAGGAGGCUGUUUUUGCGGGUUUUCUCUCUGAGCUGCUGCUGCUGCUGUGUUUCUGCUCCAUGGCUGGCAGCAUGGGCGACUCGGCUCCAGACACCGGCCAGCGAGAACCGUACCUUUACCGAGAGAGGACUAAAUACUCCCCGGAGGAAGAGGAGAGGCUGGAAAGGCAACACUUCUGGAAAAUCAUCGACGCUUUUAGAUAUUACAGAACCCAUGUUCAGGAGCGUGUGAACCGGACCGAGCGGCAGUUCCGCAGUCUUCCUCAAAAGCACCAGCGGCUUCUGUCUGGGUUCCUGCCUAACCUGGCCAAGAUCCGCCGCUGUGUGGACCAGAACUACGAAGUGCUGCAGGCCAUCGUGCACAACUGCAUCCACAUGUUCGAGAACAUUGAAUACGGCGAUGAUGAUAAUACAAGGAAAGUUGGGCCAUCUUCAACUUUCGACAUGGACAAGCUGAAGUCCACCAUUAAGCAGUUUGUGCGUGACUGGAGUGAAACAGGCAAAGCUGAGCGGGACUCCUGCUACACUCCUCUCGUAGAGGAGAUACAGAGACAGUUCCCUCCUGACCAGUGCGAUGCCUCUAAGGUCAGCGUCCUGGUUCCUGGAGCUGGUCUCGGCAGAUUGACAUGGGAAAUCGCCCGCCUGGGUUACGCCUGUCAGGGAAAUGAGUGGAGCUUCUUUAUGCUCUUCUCUUCAAACUUUGUCCUUAACAGGUGUGAGAAGGUGAAUGAUUUGAUGUUGUAUCCUUGGGUUCACCAGUUCAGCAAUAACAAACUUUCCGCCGAUCAGACGAGGCCGGUGUACUUCCCAGACGUCAACCCCCAGAGUCUUCCGCCAAACUCCAACUUCUCCAUGACGGCUGGGGACUUCUUAGAAGUGUACACUGAUCCAAAUACCUGGGACUGUGUUGCCACCUGCUUCUUCAUCGACACUGCUCAUAAUGUCGUUGAUUAUAUAGAGACCAUCUGGAAUAUUUUAAAACCUGGUGGUGUUUGGAUCAAUUUGGGUCCACUCUUGUACCAUUUUGAAAAUAUGGCCAAUGAACUGUCUAUCGAGCUGAGCUAUGAAGACAUAAAAGACGUUAUUUUAAAAUAUGGAUUUCAGCUGGAGGCAGAGAGAGAGUCAGUCCUCACUACAUACACAGAGAACGAUCGCUCCAUGCUCAAGUACUUGUAUGACUGUGUCUUUUUCGUGGUUCGGAAACCGGCGGACCACCUGUCCAACGGAGCCCUGUCCCCCAAAGAUAACCAGCUGGACAACUCGGUAGAGAAAGGAGAAACAGCAACGUGACAUCAGAUGGACCAAAGCUUUCACUUAACUGCAGUACCUCAGAUGCAUUUACAUCAAAGACACGCUCAUUUUUAUAUCUAGAUUAUUCAAUUCUUUGAGCUUAACACCUCGUUACUCUCUCAGUCCCCGUUCUGAGCAACAACACGCUGUUCUUUUUUCUGUUCUCCCUGCUCUGUUAGCCCUCUUGGGUAAAAGGUCAAGCCAUUAAUGAGCGGAAGUCGUUAUAUUGGAGAAGAAGAACACAUCUGUAGUCUGUAGAGAUUCCGUACACUCCAGGGUUUGUGUCCAAAAAGACUGAGUACUGAUGUAGGAGCAGAUUCCUAGUCUCUGUUGUUCAUAAUCAAAUAUACAUCCAAAAAUUCUUUGACCUAGGGUCUAGGAUCCUGUCUGAACUGAUCAUAAUCAUCGCAAGCUAGCAGCCACUCUUCUGGAAGAAACCUCCUUGCUUUCUGAACACAGGUCUCGAGUCCAAGUCAUCAUACCGUAGUGAAGAUCAGAACACAGCAACCCAAAAACACCACCAUUCCAAUGUUGGCAGUUUAAAAUGUUUAGAAAGUUAACUAAUAAACAGUGUUAAUGCGGGGAACAUUUUAGAGAACCAGUAUGAAUAGGUUAGAAAUUUCUAACAAAUGCAUACUGGUGUGGCACACCAAGCAAAUGUUUGGAAUUGUUGGUGUUUGAGGGGUUUAAGGCCAGAACACAUUGAUCAAACCCCCCAAAAUGCAAAUGUUUGGUUGGUGUACCACAACUGUGUGCGGUUGCUGGGACAAUUUAGAAACAAUCUAGUAACUAAAGAGCACCACUCGGCUCUUGUGAAGGCAAUGGAGCUCAAACCUGCUUUGCCAAGUGGAGCACCAGCUGAGCCAGCUUUAGGGUGGUCCUUCAGACAAACUCUGAAAGCUACUCAACCCUGUGCUCCACUUUCUGUAGCUGGGCUAUGAGCUCAACUCGAUCUGCGUCACUCACACUGCUGAUUUAUGUGAGAAAAACACAACAGACUAGCCAGAUAAAACAAAUAAAUGCUGAAACUGAAACCAGGAUAGUGAUUAGGGGUUAAGGUAUCGUUAAGGUGAUAAAUUAGGUUAUACUACACUUUUCUAAGCAUAUCGUGGACAUCAUUAACAACAAACUCUGGUCAAGAGCAUGUUUAACUACCAAGAGAGCCUAAUUUAUCAGGUUUAAUCAAAUUUGGUGCAUCACAGCGUGUAAAAUAUGAGAGAAACGUCUUUGUAUUCGUAGUUUUGAUAGUAUUUUAUACUGGGGCCUCUCUCACAAAGCCAGUUUAACACAGUUACUGACCUAGUUUCAGACAGCAAAAUCUAAAAAAUGAAAUUAAAUAGUUCUUUUGUUUUCCGAAGGGGGUUGACAACUUUUUCCUCAUAAUUCAAGUUUUGAUACUCAAGCAGUGACCCUUCCGCUUUUAGCACAUUUAUGAUGAACAGCCAAUCGUCUGAAACGUGAGAAAACAAGUGGCUUAUGUUUCAAAGUAGGGAAAAAUUAACCUAAAUUAUUAUGUAGAAAGUUAAACAUCUAUAACAGCUGCCACUGCAUUGGUGCUUUUUGGACUAAUAAUUGAUUUAUUUUCUUAAUGUCUACGUAGUAUGAUUUGCUUCCUUUGCUUAAAAAAGCUUUGUGAUUGACGCCAUAAGCCUCACAGAGAAAAUAGUCACCAGUCCCUUUAUCAGUCCUUCUUUGUUUAGAAGCUUGUCCUGAUUGGUUGAAUUGAUUAUAACCAAAAAGCCCAAACCUAACCAACCUAACCAAGCCUGGUGGUCUUUGCAAUGUUUAUCAGUAUUAUGGAAAGCCUUAUAUGACAGUGUGUCAUAAUUUUGUGAUGUCUCACUCUGCCUUCACACUACGCUCGGUCAGCUGGGAAGUCACCCAGGCUCACGUGCCAGGCUUUGGGUGGCGUGCGAACGAAAAGAAGUGUUUCUUACAGUUAUGUUUUGAGUGAUUCUCGUGCCGUGCAGGUAUGAACUUCAGCUUAAAGCAUAAAGGAAGGUUUCCACCAAAUAGGACGUGUAUUUUUAUAUUUCUUUGGUUUCUUACUGAUAUGCUGAUAGACAGCGUUCUCAGGCUGCUCCAUGUCAGCAACCAGCAGUUCACCAAAUAUGAUUUUUAUUAAAAAUCCAACUUACUGCUGACUUUGCAACUCCUCACUUCCUUGGAUGAUGGCAAUGAUCACAGCACUAAGUAAGCAAGUUGUUUUAAACUUACUGUAUGAUUGUACUGAAUCUGCUAUUAACGCAUUCAUUUUACAAUAAAGGGGAGAAAUUUGUUCUUUUUUCCAAAAUGUGAAAUGUGACUUGCCUUGAUGUUUAGCUGUGCAAACACUGAAGAUGUAUUUUAUUAAUAAAAACACUUUUAUCAAAUAUGCAAA